AUGUCAGGCCAACCUUUCCUCAACGCGUCUCCUUCAUCACUUGUCAACCUUUCAUCAACACAUGUGUUUUGUGGAUGCAUGUUUAUUGUGAACGUGUGUCUUUUGCUACUGUGGCACACUAACUACAAUUUCAGCUUAACCUUUCAUCAAUGCGCAUUUUGUGGACAUGAGUCUCUUGUGAACAUGUCACUUUGGUUUCUGCUUAACCUUUCAUUAACGUUCUCUAUCAUAACACACACCAAAAACACUGCAAAGAAGUGUACUGGUGGCUCAGUGCCGUGCAUACACCUCAAGAUACUCAGGACUGCUGCUAAGAGCCUUUCUAGAGGACAGCUGGAUGGAAGCCAAAGUUUGGAGAUGUCCAAACUGGUUCAUCACAAUGAGGGCACACCCUACUAUGGCUUCUAUCACACUAAUGGUGUCCCGAUCCUUGAGUCUUUUCUACAGGUCCACACUUCCCUUGAGCUCUCAUCACUCGCUGAACUUUUGGCUGCACCGGUCAUAUUCAUACAUCUCAUCCUUGUCGACUUCGACACUAUGGCCAGCCCUCUCUCCUUGGCUCAUUCAUUCCUUCAGCCCUACUUUACCAGUGGCAGCAUUGAAUAUCACGAAAUUGCCUACAACAUUGUCUCUGAUGUGUCCGGUUACUGCAAAACUGUCCGUCAAAUUAUCAAGGACCUCAAAAACAUGUUUGUGUGGGAACAUGCAGUGGUUGGUGACCCAUUUGCCGGGUACAGUUUGGAUGGUGAGAAGCACUAUGCUGGCACUCCAACUGAAGAUUUCUUGGAUGGUAUCUUUAGUCUAUGGCAAUCUCUCCUGGACCAUGCCAACGAAACCUACCUCUGGCUCUUGUGCUGUGGUGCAAUUGUCAACAACAGCGAUUCAUUUGCAGGAUUGCAAUGCACAGUACUUCAUCUGAAGGUCUCCAAGUUUGUAUGGGCUGAUGUGAACUUCCAGCCUUGGAGUGGCUUCCUGUCAAUCCAAUACCCAAGCUGUUGGUGGACUAAUUCUUGGAGGUCAGUCUUUGUUAGAGGUUGCAAGGAUAAGGUCUAUGUCUUUGAGUGCAAGAAUGACACCUACAUCCAGUCUUUCAGCUUCAGACCUCCUGAAGGUGCCACCAUGUUGACGCUAGAUAUAAUGACCAGCUGGACUCUUGUUUUUAACAAUGUGUUGAAUGAACACAAGGAUUCCUUUGUAGCAGCCAAAGGAAAUUCUAUCAUCAGGGCUCACAUCCUCAAGACAAUCAAAGAUGCUAUAGGCAGCAGUGAAGCAGCCAAAGACCCUUGUAUCAUGCUUCCUGAGAAAAAUCUGCAAAAGGCUGUUCGUGCCUAUUAUUUGGACUUUCUGAAAGAUGAUGAGGAUCAAUAUGACAAGCAACACAGAGAUACCUCCAACUCAAAGUCUAUGGGUCAGAGGACAAGAUUGGCCUACAUGUGGCACCAAGCCAUGUCCCCUGAGGUCAAGAGAGAGCUCGAGCGAGUUGCAGGAAAAUGGAACCAGGAAGGACCUCCUGCAGACACCAAGGACAGAACUAUGGGAUUGCAUGUUGUCAUCCUUGCAGCCUAUGACCGAGGUGAGGGAAAGGCUCCUGGAACUACUGUACUUGUUUCUAAAGCUGAGAGACUUUACCUCGAAAAACCAAAAAACCUUUCACUCAGUCUAUCAGCCGAUGGAGAGGAUGAUGAUGAAAAUGAUCUCUCAGAUCUAACUGUUGAGGUCAAUGAUGAUGAUUAUCCUUGCCUACCCACAGGCUUUGGAUCUCUCAAGCUCAAGCACAGGCAACAGCUUAUUCAGACUGUCUUUCGAAAGGCCUACACUGUUAUCACCAACAAUCCUCGGGCUCCAGUGCCCUGGGGUGAGAUUUCUAAUAAUCCCAAUUACUACCUUGAUUCAGGAUGCAUCCCUGAGAAUGUUGUUAUUAGGGAUCCUUCCUACCUGCAAAAGGACAUGAUCACUGUGAUAUACUCCCACUGGAAAGAUUGUACUAGUCAUGACAUGCUGAUUGGAGCUGCAAAGGAUAAGGAAGGACUCUUGAAUAAGGUCGCUGAUGAUAAAAGCUCUUCAGAUGAAGAUGAAGUCGAGGUGGAGACUCCGACCAUUGCUAAUUCCAGCCCCAAAUUCCAUCUUGCUAGGGACAUGGUCCCUUACCUCAAGUCUCUCUCUACUGUCCCUUCAUAUUCAUGUCUUCUUACUGUGGUUCAAAAGCUUCCGCAAAGAAUAGAUUCAAAGUCAAGGAAACAGCAACUUCCUGUCUGGGCUUCUUGGACAUGGUCUCAGGCAUAUCUGCCUCAAGACAUCUAUGAGAAUAUGAAAAUCACUUCAGCCACAUUGGAGCAUUUGAUUGUGAGCCUGGAAAUCGGACCCCUACUUCAUGAGUGUCAUCAUGCUCAGGAGUAUGAAGCCAAUGAAGCUGGAGAUGAUGUAUCUGACUACUUGGGUAACUCUAUCUUGGGCAUCCAGAUGGGCGACCAGAUUGAGGAAAAGGUCAUAGGGAUAGGGGCAGAAGUUGAAGUUAUGCUGAAAGAUGAGAACCUAGAGUUGUUCAUUGUGAGGCAAGACAUUGAGAAGAGGCAUUUGGAGGGGAACAAAAAGUUGAAGGAGAAAAGGAGAGUUGAGGAUGAGAAGAGGGUCGAGGAAGAAACAAGAUUGGCUAAGAAAGCAAGCAAGGUGGACACCAGGGUGAGAAAAUCCCAUGCCAAAGGGAAGGGUAAGUGGCCUGCUAUAAAUGUGGAGGAACUAUCUAAGAAAAAGGUGAAAGUUUUUUUUCCUGAUCCACCUUAUCAUUUUGCCAGAGACAAAGCACCUCCAAAGAAGUACAAUGUCUAA